GUUAUCUGCAAACCUGCAGUUAUCUGAUAAGGUCAAAUCAGGCCAAAUGCCAACAUUAUUAUUAUAAAAUAUUCCAUGUAAUAAUUAUUAUAACAGGCUAGACUGAAAUAAUUGCAGUCAAGCCGUCACAGGAAAAACACCUACGCUGUAUUAUAUAAAGUGGUGGUCGUUAUAAAAUUAUUUUUGUGAGAAAGGAUUGUGUUCCUUUUAAUAUUAAUUUAAGUGUUUACUAGUGCUCUUAUCAUGGCUGAGAAACAAUUAAAAAAUCGUGUUUGCAUUGUAGGUUCAGGAAAUUGGGGGUCGGCAAUUGCAAAGAUUGUUGGUAGAAAUGCUGCGCGGCUACCAAAUUUUGAAGACAGAGUUACCAUGUGGGUUUAUGAGGAGAUAAUUGAAGGGAAAAAAUUAACAGAAAUAAUAAAUGAAACAAAUGAAAACAUCAAAUACCUUCCAGGACACAAGUUGCCACCAAAUGUUGUUGCAGUCCCAGACCUGGUGGAUGCAGCCAAGGAUGCAGAUCUUUUAAUAUUUGUUGUGCCACAUCAGUUUGUGAGAACUAUAUGUUCAACACUGCUUGGUAAAAUAAAGCCAACUGCUGCAGCACUGUCUUUAAUUAAGGGCUUCGACAUCGCCGAAGGUGGUGGCAUUGACCUGAUCUCGCACAUCAUAACACGAUGCUUGAAGAUUCCCUGCGCGGUACUGAUGGGUGCCAAUAUUGCAUCUGAGGUGGCCGAGGAGAAGUUCUGCGAGACAACGAUCGGGUGCCGCGACGUGAUGCUGGCGCCCACCAUGCGCGACAUCAUCCAGACAGACUACUUCCGGGUCGUGGUCGUGGAUGACGAGGACGCGGUCGAGAUCUGCGGCGCUCUCAAGAACAUAGUUGCGGUGGGUGCGGGCUUUGUGGAUGGACUCGGGUUCGGCGACAACACAAAGGCUGCCGUAAUCCGGCUGGGACUCAUGGAGAUGAUCAAGUUCGUGGAUGUGUUCUACCCGGGCAGCAAGCUCAGCACCUUCUUCGAGUCCUGCGGCGUUGCUGACUUGAUCACCACCUGCUACGGUGGUAGGAAUCGUCGCGUGGCUGAAGCGUUCGUGAAGACGGGCCGCUCCAUCAAGGAACUGGAGGACGAGAUGCUGAACGGACAGAAGCUUCAGGGACCCAUCACCGCCGAGGAGGUGAACCAUAUGCUCGCCAACAAGAAUAUGGAGAACAAAUUUCCGUUGUUCACGGCAGUGUACCGUAUUUGUCGCGGCGAGCUGAAGCCCAAUGACUUCAUCGACUGCAUCCGCAGCCAUCCCGAGCACAUAAAGCGUGUGGUUAGAAAGUCCCAUUGCUGUAUUUCCUGAAGGAACAAAGUAAAAUGAGGUGGAUUACAUCAGGACUUAGCAAAUAUUCACUGAUUCGAUUCCAUUAUCAUAGAACUAGUAAAUGUGACUUAUUUGUGAAAAUUGUCGGUCAAUGUAGUCUAGGAGCCUACUAGUUUUAGUAAAUGAUUAAUUGAUUAGUUGUUUUAUCUUAAAUAAUAAUUAAAAGAAUUAUAAUAAUAAUAAAUGAAAUAGUUGUACCUAUAUAGAACCAUGAAAAAUAGUGAUAAUUUGGAAAAAAUAGGUCACUUAAGUUUCUCCACAUCCCUUGAUGUUGAAAAACUUAUCGUCUUAUCGAAAUUCAAUGAAAUUACGCAUUAAAGAAAAACUGAGUCAGCGAAAUUUAAACUUUUCAACUGUAUUAUAUAAAGUUAGUAGGUACAGAUGAACUCUUAUGUAAUUAGAUAGAUUAUUAGUUCCUUUUUCCCCACCUAUUUUAUAUUUUGUAAAUAUUUCUUAUAAAUAAAUGUAUUGUUUAGCUACAUCUAAUAUAUUAUAUCUGUGCUAAUGCUCGCGGUAAUGUCUGCAUUAGGGACCUUGGGGACCGAGGCGUUUUACUUAUUCAUAACAGAAAAUCUGCCACCCCUCGGAGAAGAAAAGACCCAAGUUACUCCCUCAGAAUUGAUUUCAGAGCUCUUUCUUCGCAAUACAUAUUGAGUUAUUGGUAAUUUCACUAUAUUUAUUCCCAAGCCGCUGUUUACACAACCUGCACUUUAAUGUCUACGUGUUUAAAUUUAUUUACAUAGCAUGUGGUGCGUCCUUAAUGCCUCCCCAAGGCUUGAUAGCUGCGAUUCUUUGACUUUAUGAUAUUUUGAAGUCUAAAAACACUUUAGUGUAGUAAAUUGUUACAUCUGCGUACUAAUACUAUACUAGUUUUUUUUAGUUUUUCGUGCCACUAUUUCCAAAAGUGAAGCGCCCUUUCAAAUAUUUUGUGUUUAAUUUCGAUUGAACACUGGAAUUAAUCACGGUUAAUAUGUACCUAUUACCUACCGAUACCUACUCGUCUCAGCCACUUAACACCCCAGUGAGGAAACUGAGCACUGUGAUUGCGCGUUACUACUGCUUUAGCUAUAAGUAUAAUAUAAUAUAUCUGUGCUAUCACUUUCAACCUAGUACCCACCUAUCGUUUGCAACAUAAUAGUAAUUUUCUUACCCAUAUUGCGGCUGCAAGUUACCUACAAGUAAAAACUGUUUGAGUAAAGGGGAUCACCUACACAUUACGCGCGAGUUGAAUGCAGAGUUCAGGAAUACGAUAGUGCUGUGACCUUAUUAUAAUUGAUGAUCAUAAUCAUGAGUGUCGAUAAAUUGAAAGAAUGAUUUAAAUUUAUCAUUUUAACGUAAUAGUUUAAAGCUAAUAAUAAUUAAUUCCGCUUUUCUUCUUAAACAAUUUUCGCUAUUUCUCGUGCUUGAUGAUGAAUAAAAACUUUUAUUUAGAACGGAACCUGAUGGACUCGGAUCAGUCAUUAUUAAAAUCUAAAAAUAACACGGGGUCACAACUUUAAUAUUAACGCGAUAACACGGUAAGCGUACGAUAACUGUCUACGACGGCACAUCACUACACUGUAGGUGGGCGAAGCGAGGCAUGCGGACAGCGGGGGGAGAUGCUCUCCCUUUACCCCAGGCUCCGACUGCAUUCAACUCGCGCGCUAACUGUACGUCUUUUCCGCAAGUUAGGUAUAUUUAUAAUAUAUAUAUAUAUGUACUACAUGUAUAAUUAUUAAAUUUAUAUAUAUAUAUAAGUACUACAUGUAUAAUUAUUAAAUUUAUUUUAUCUGUUGUUGUAUAUUUAUUUUAUAUGUAGUCUACUUUAUCAAAUUAUAUUGGAUUGUUUUAA